GAUCCUGCUGACGGUGGUCGUCAUCUUCCGCAUCCUGAUCGUGGCCAUCGUGGGCGAGACGGUCUACGAGGAUGAGCAGACCAUGUUCAUGUGUAACACGCUGCAACCCGGGUGCAACCAGGCCUGCUAUGACAAGGCCUUCCCCAUCUCUCACAUCCGCUACUGGGUCUUCCAGAUCAUCCUGGUCUGCACGCCCAGCCUCUGUUUCAUCACCUACUCCGUCCACCAGUCGGCCAAGCAGCGCGACCAGCGCUACUCCUUCCUCUACCCGCUGCUGGAGAAGGAGGCGCUCUGCGAGGGCAAGAAGGUGAAGAACGUCAACGGGAUCUUGGUGCCCAACCCCGACGGGUCCUCCAAGGAGCCCGACUGCCUGGAGGUGAAGGAGAUCCCCAGCACCCCACUCAGGCCCCCCAAGAGCGCCAAGGUCAAGCGGCAGGAGGGCAUCUCGCGCUUCUACAUCAUCCAGGUGGUUUUUCGCAAUGCCUUGGAGAUCGGAUUCCUGGCUGGACAAUACUUCCUGUACGGGUUCAACGUGCCGGCUAUUUUCGAAUGCGACCGCUAUCCGUGCGUUAAGGAAGUGGAGUGCUACGUCUCCCGCCCCACCGAGAAGACCGUCUUCCUGGUUUUCAUGUUUGCCGUCAGCGGCAUCUGCGUCCUGCUCAACCUGGCUGAGCUAAACCACCUGGGCUGGCGCAAGAUCAAGACGGCCAUCCGGGGAGUGCAGGCCAGGCGGAAAUCCAUCUGCGAGGUGCGGAAGAAGGACCUCUCCUCCCUGGCCCAAGUGCCUACCUUGGGGCGGACUCAGUCCAGCGAGUCCGCGUACGUCUGA